GAAUUAGCUAAGGCGAUGGCGAAUCAACUAGACCUCGGUGAAAUCAGUGGUUUGCAAUCCGUUACACACCUUCCACGUGACGAGCGCGAGCGGCUAUCCAGUGAGCGUCAGAGAAUGAUUGAAUUGAUGGUCAGUAGAUUACGUGUGUUGCAUCAAAGAUUGGAAAGAAAAGACGAGCUGCUACAAGACUAUGAGAAAGAUUUAGCAAGACUACGACAAGCAGAACACAUUGCCAAUGAGAAAGCUGUACAAGUGGAGAGUCUCGCUAGUGAGGUUAGAAGCCGUUCAGAAGAAAAUCAGUACUUGCGUGAAACGCUGCGAAGAACGCGAGAUGUAUUGGAACAGGAGAAGAGACUAAAUGGUGCAAUCAAAAACAAAAAGACAUACCAUAUGGAAAAAGAUGAGAAAAAUUUGCGUACAUGGCCUCGACAUAGGUGUUAUGAAGAUGAUCUGGUGCCAACAAAAGAAAAAAAGAAAAAAGAACAAAAAGACAAAAUACUAAGAAAAAGUUAUGAAAUUGAGACAUUAAAAACAGAACUGAAUUCAAAAGACCAGCAGUUAUGUGAUACCACAGCAAAAUUAAUCAAUUUGGAAAACAGUUUAUCUCAGCCUACAAGAUCAGACUACCGCACUGCAGCAGAAACUAUAGAAACUUAUCACACUCAGUUGGAAUGAGAUAUUGAUCACAGUUAGCUUUGAUGGAAGCGCUUGUAUCUGCUAAUCAAAUUAGAAAUAUUUGCUAGAAACCAC